UAGGCCUGCGCUGCAUCUGUAACGCUCCGCCCACUUCUCGUCCUGCAGGGCGGGGAAAGUUGCCUCACUUUAGUGGUACGGACCCACAGAUACAGAACCAUGAGAGGUCCUGUCACCUUUACCGUGUCGCUCAUAGCUGUGUUAGCAAUUUGCAUGCCGGUCGAAUGUGAGAUGGGAUUUCUCGUGAGAACAAGGGUAUCUGAGGAUCCUCUCGACUCAGAGCCGGUGAUUAAAAACAAGAUCAUUGCUUCAAGUCGUUUUUGGGGUAAGAGAUCAUUCCCGGAUGAGCUUCGACGAGCCAGCUUGCGAUGGGGGAAGCGAUGGGAUCCCAAAGUUUGGAAACAAAGCUACCCUGAACUGCUUCAACCAGUCGACAUUGUCAGCCCAGGAUGGUCCGCAGUACCCAGGACUAAUGACAAUUCAGAUGACAUGGCGCAAGAGGACGAUCAACUCGUUUUUCGUCCGCCUAUGGGGGCGUUGAAGGAACUCCGGCGUGGAUGCUUGAGGAUUAGUUGGGAGGCAUCAUCCUUGGAAGUAUCAAUAACUCGCCAUUAGUACUCACAAACCGGUCAUCUUUGCUAUACUGCAUGUAAGGCAAUAAAGCAGUCUAUAUCCUUGCUUUCCUGUGAUUCAAGUCAGGUAGAGCUGAGAAGAAGGC